AGUACGGUGCACCAAAAGGUCGGAGUCCUCAUUUAGAAGUUAGAAGAAAGAAAAAAACCCUCGCCGACGCCACAGCCUAAUUCUCUUUCUCCCUGGUCUCAUCUAUGGCGUCCCAAGCCCGAAGAGGCGGUGUUUCCCUCCCCGACAGACGGAGCCCCAAGAAGAAUGAUGACACUGGCAUAAUCGCUAAGCUAUCUCAGUCCCCAAUCGUCUCUCGGGGCAAGCAGGCCGUAUCCGACGCCGGAUUCGUCACCAAGAAGCUGCUCAAGAGCACUGGCAAGGCCGCCUGGCUCGCCGGAACUACCUUCCUCGUCCUCGUUGUCCCCUUGAUCAUCGAGAUGGACCGCGAGCAACAGUUGAACGACCUCGAGCUCCAGCAGGCCAGCCUCCUAGGUUCCCCACCUCAGAAAUGAAUCGGGGUCGGGUCGAAGCAUUCGGGUAUCAAUUCCAGUUAUUAUUAUUACGGUUCUCUAUUAUUAGGUUUAGAUUUUGGCUAUGGUUCCGCAAUUCUAUUCUGAGUUUCGGAGCUAUAUUCGGAUUCGGGAUUACUUCAGGUUUUGCAAUGAUUUUACCCAACGCUAUAUUGUCUUCUUUUUUUUUUUUUUUUUUUGAUCUGUUUAGGUGGAUUAAAAAUUUUCAGAUGAUUUCCUCUAUGAGAAAUAUGUGCUUGAAUUAGCUAGAUUCGAACCUCAUUUUGAAUUGAGAUUACAGAGCUUUGUUCUGUAUUUAAUGAUUAAGAAGUUCAACCUA